AUGGUUGAAGUUGAAGCGGAGGCGAAAGAGGCGGGCGAAGUCGCGGUGCCCAUUGCGCCCACCAGCACCGGCGCGUACGAUCCGAAUGUCGAGCCUCCUUAUGGGUGGGUGGUCUGCAUUGCGAUGCAUCUGAUCAAUGGGUUUACUUGGGGCAUUAUUGCAUCAUACGGAGUCUAUUUAUCUUACUACAUCAACCAUGAGACUUUCCCGGGAGCAUCGGACCUGGACUUUGCAUUCGUCGGCGGCGUCAACUUUGCUACAGCACUGCUCUGUGCUCCCAUCGUCAAUGUGAGCAUUCGGCUGUUUGGGACCAAAUUCCCCAUGUAUUGCGGCUGUUUCCUCUUUGCGGGGGGCUUCAUUGCGGCCUCGUUCGCAACUAAAUUCUGGCAUCUCAUCUUGACCCAGGGUAUUCUCGUGGGGCUCGGGGUAGGUUGCUGCUGGCUGCCCGCUACGCCGCUGCUGCCAUCGUGGUUCAACAGGAAUCGAAGUCUGGCCCAGGGAAUUGCCGCGGCUGGCUCGGGCGUGGGUGGGAUCAUCUUUUCCGCGGCGACCACGCCCAUGAUCGAGAAUUUGUCCCUGGCCUGGUCACUUCGAAUCAUUGGUAUCGUAUCCUUCGGCGUCUUGUUCAUUGCCACGGUCCUUAUGCGGGAUCGAAACGCCACGAUCAAACCCCGGCUCAAGGCCUUCGACAUCGCUCUGCUCCGAAGAUAUCGAGUCUGGCUGUUGAUUGGGUACAGCUUCUUCUCGAUUUCCGGCUACAUCAUCUGCACAUAUACGCUUUCGGCCUUUGCGCUGUCACUUGGCCUCUCUCAACAUCAGGGCGGCAUCGUCACUACAGUGCUUAAUGUCGGGACGGCGAUUGGAAGGCCUGGUAUUGGGGUCCUCAGCGAUCGAUUUGGCAGGAUGACCGUGGCGUCUGGGUUGACGGCGGUCAACACGCUCAUGGUGUUUGCGGUCUGGAUCCCGACAACUUCGUUCGGCCUUCUUCUCUUUCUGGUGUUUGUACUCGGCAUAACAGCCGGAGUAUACUGGGGGACCAUCGCCCCCCUUUGCGCCGAGGUCGUCGAGCUGAAAGAGCUCCCGACAACGCUCGGUCUGAUGUGGCUAUCCGUUUCUAUGCCCGCUCUGUUCUCGGAGGCGAUUGCGCUAGGAAUUCGUCAGCCCCAUCACCACCGGCCCUACUUGUGGCCUGAGAUCUACACUGGGAUCACCUUCCUGCUUGCCAGUCUUUUCAUGCUAGAGUUGAAACGACAAAAAUGGGGCCUCUUUGUCCGGGAGAGGCAUCGGUAA